CUCCCGAUUGUCCUCCAAAGCUGAAAUCAGUCGAGGCCGUGUCUUCCACAAGUAUCCGUGUGACAUGGGACCCACCACCAAACACCAAUUGCAGGAAUGGAAUUCUGAGAGGGUACAAAGUCAUUUAUAGGAGGCCUGGUGACCGUUAUUGGAAAAUGUCCAAUUUGGUCCUGCCGUCAAACGGAAGGACAUCAAAAGUCUUCAGAAGUACAACGUACAUGUUCAAGGUUGUUGCAUAUACUAUCAAAGACAGCGAACCAAGCAAAACAAUAGCAAGAAAGACAUCACAAGAUGCUCCCGAUUGUCCUCCGAAACUGAAAUCAGUCGAGGCCGUGUCUUCCACAAGUAUCCGUGUGACAUGGGACCCACCACCAAACACCAGUUGCAGGAAUGGAAUUCUGAGAGGCUACAAAGUCUUAUAUAGGAGGCCUGGUGACCGUAAUUGGCAAAUGUCCAAUGUUGCCCCUACCGUUCAAUGGAAGGAUAUAGCAAAUCUUCAGAAGUAUACCUUGUACAUGUUCAAGGUUGUUGCAUACACCGUGAAAGACAGUGAGCCAAGUAAUACAAUAACAAGAAUGACAUUACAAGAUGCUCCCGAUUGUCCUCCAAAGCUGAAAUCAGUCGAGGCCGUGUCUUCCACAAUUAUCCGUGUGGCAUGGGACCCACUUCCAAAUACCAAUUGCAGGAAUGGAAUUCUGAGAGGCUACAAAGUCUUUUAUAGGAGGCCUGGUGACCGUUAUUGGAAAAUGUCCAAUGUUGGUACUGCCGUCAAACGGAAGGACGUCAAAAGUCUUCAGAAGUAUACAACGUACAUGUUCAAGGUUGUUGCAUAUACUGUCAAAGACAGCGAACCAAGCAAAACAAUAACAAGAAAGACAUCACAAGAUGCUCCCGAUUGUGCUCCAAAAAUAAAAUCAGUCAACGCCCUGUCUUCCACAAGUAUCCGAGUGACAUGGGACCCACUUCCAAAUACCAAUUGCAGGAAUGGAAUUCUGAGAGGCUACAAAGUCUUAUAUAGAAGACCUCGUGACCGAUAUUGGCAAGCAUCCAAUGUUGGCCCUGCCGUCAAAUGGAAGGACAUCGAAAGUCUUCAAAAGUAUACAACGUACAUGUUCAAGGUUGUUGCAUAUACUGUCAAAGACAGCGAACCAAGCAAAACAAUAACAAGAAAGACAUCAGAAGAUGUACCAGAAGGAAAACCAUCACAUGUAUCUGCAACACCAAAGUCAUCAACAAGCAUUGAAGUAACAUGGAAGUUGCCACGUUGGGCAAAAUUCAACGGACCUUCAACUGGCUUUAGAAUUACAUACACCGACGCACGAAGAAUCAAAAAGACAAAACUCGUGAGAAACGUCAGAAAAGCCUUACUGACCAACUUGAACAAGUGGAUGACAUACAGUAUAACUGUAUCAAUGUGGAAUUCAAGAUAUUAUGGCACUGAAAGCAGCAUCGCAACAGCAACCACAAAAGAGGAUGUGCCUGACAUCGCACCACAAGGCAUAGAAGUGACAGAGCAAAACAAAACCACCUUUAUCAUUGCUUGGCAGCCCUUGCCUAGGAACAAAGCUAAUGGCAAAAUCACAAUGUACAAGAUUGUCUGGGCCUUACGUCACAUUGGACGAGCUAAGAGAAUGGCAGUUGGUGACACUUUCACUGGGACAACAAAGGGAACCCAAUUUGUUUUGCUCGGUCUUAGACUUUGUGCACAGUAUGAAGUUCAUGUUGCGGCUGCAACGAUAGCUGGCUUAGGUCCAAAUGCUACUCAAGGUGUUACCACAUCAAGACCAGGAGAACCGCAUAACUUGAAGUCACGUAGAAUAGGAAAAUCUUUUAUUACUUUGACAUGGGAAAAACCAAAAGGAAUGAUAGAAGAUGAAACAGACUAUAUGGUAUAUUUUAAGGGUUCAAAGCCAUACUGGCCUGACUAUAGAUCUCCACUCAAAUCUAAAAAGCAAGAUGGUAAACAAACAACACUUAAGAUAGACAACUUGCAUCCGGGGACAUUCUAUGAAUUCUGGGUAACAGCGUUGACAGUUUGUGGUGAAAGCAACAGGAGUUUAACAGAAUCAGUGGAAACAAAAGUGGAGAAGCCUCGUAUUGAACAUCAAGUAACUCCUUUGAUUCUUAAAGACAGUUCUAACGUCACAUUAUGGACAUUCAAACCACACAAUGGACCCAUUAGUUCAUACCAGGUAAUUGUGGCCAAUGGCAGAAAUAAGAGCAUGACCGAAAUACCAGAAAACCUUAGUGACUACCAAAAGGCCAGCAGCAAUAACAAACUGUUCUACAUCACAGCCGAGCUAACACCAGAGCAAAUAAAGACUGCAGGAAUGUUAGUCAUAGGUGACAAUAGAAUGUAUGGAAUAUACAAAAAUGUGGCUUUGAAAAAAGGUCAGACUUACACCGUAGCUGAGAGAGCCAUCACAAAAUAUAAAAGGAAAACUUACGUGAGUGACCCAAUCCAUAUUGCAACAAUCGAACUUACUGCAGCUCCCGAUUGUCCUCCAAAAAUGAAAUCAGUCGAGGCCCUGUCUUCCACAAGUAUCCGAGUGACAUGGGACCCACUGCCAAAUACCAAUUGCAGGAAUGGAAUUCUGAGAGGCUACAAAGUCUUAUAUAGAAGACCUCGUGACCGAUAUUGGCAAGCAUCCAAUGUUGGCCCUGCCGUCAAAUGGAAGGACAUCGAAAGUCUUCAAAAGUAUACAACGUACAUGUUCAAGGUUGUUGCAUAUACUGUCAAAGACAGCGAACCAAGCAAAACAAUAACAAGAAAGACAUCAGAAGAUGUACCAGAAGGAAAACCAUCAGAUGUAUCUGCAACACCAAAGUCAUCAACAAGCAUUGAAGUAACAUGGAAGUUGCCACGUUGGGCAAAAUUCAACGGACCUUCCACUGGCUUUAGAAUUACAUACACUAAUAAAGUAUAA